AUGGCACUCCUACAGAGCUGGUCGCUGCUCCUCGUUUGUUGCGUCUGUAUUGUAUGGCUUACAAAAAGAAUCAUGCAAGCAUCAAAUAAUCCAUUAAAUCAGGUGCCUGGCCCCUGGUAUGCUCGCUAUACGCAUUACGUCUUGAAACUUAAUGUGCUUUGUGCUCGUCGUAUGUAUUAUAUCGAAGAAUUACACAAGAAAUACGGACCGUUUGUUCGUGUCGCUCCCAACGAAGUCGCAGUCAACGACCUGAAAGCUUUCCGUCAAAUUCACUCGAUGGGAUCCGGUUUCUUAAAAGAUCCGUGGUAUCAAAGCUUGAGCUUGCAGCCGGAGCCGGGUAUCUUUUCGAUGAUUGAUCCCGAACAGCAUGUGACGCGUCGGCGAGUUCUUGCGCGUGCUUUCAGUCUCUCCUCGUUGCGAGAAAACUGGGAGCCCGCUAUUCAUGAAAGGGCACGAAUUGCCGUCCAGCAGAUAAAAGACAAUGCCAAACGUGGCGAUGUGGAUAUGCUCAAAUGGUGGACUUUGAUGACGAAUGAUAUCCUCUCCUACCUGUGUUUUGCCGAAAAAUUCGACAUGGUGGAACGAGGCGAAAAAGCCGAAUACGUGUUGGUGUUGGAGAGGGUCGCCUUACAGGGUGGACUCCUUUCGGAAUUGCCCCUCUUAUACAAGAUUCUUAGAUACGUGCCCCUUGCUUUAGUUCAAAAGAUUAUGGAGGCGACCGAAGAUCUAGAGGAAUGGGGAGACCAUGCGAUAAAGAACCUUCGUCGGGCAGGCAAUAAAGGAUCAAGGAACAUCUUCGCGGAUUUUCUUGAAGAAGUGGACAAGAGCGGUGGUAAGCCAGGUCUCACUGAACGAAGCGUGCGCCUUGAAGCUGGAAACUUUGUGGUCGCUGGCUCCGAUACGACAGCGGUGACCAUCACGUACCUGAUUUGGGCCUGUCUUAAGCGCCCAGAUCUUCAAAGAGAUCUGGAAGAAGAAGUCGCAUCUGUACGCAGCUUUGAGGAUGCAUCUUUAGCAACACUCCCCCUUCUGAACGCGGUUGUAGAAGAGGCUCUGAGAGUAUACGGUGCUGCGCCAGGAAGCUUGCCACGGGCUGUUCCCCCUGGUGGAGCGACUUUCGGGAAAUACUACCUGCCUGAGAAAACAACAGUGAGCACGCAGGCGUAUAGCAUGCAUCGAAAGCCUGAUAUUUUCCACAACCCUGAAGUGUUCGACCCAAGUCGGUUCUUGCCCCCAAGCUCGCUGACCGACGACCAAAAAUCGGCUUUGUGUGCUUGGGGAGCAGGAUCUCGAGUUUGUUUAGGAGUCCAUCUAGCCAAAAUGGAAAUGAGAAUUGCCGUCGCAUUCUUCUUUCGCGAGUGCAGGGGUGCGCGCCUGAGUCGAACGACGACCGAUGCUUCCAUGCACGCGCUCAACUUCUUCAUGACGACCCCAAUCGGCCGUCGUUGUAACGUGACCUUAUUGCCCGAAGAUCAGUAA